CUUGGUGUCUGUCAUUAGCGACGCGCGGACGGGAAGGUCGAGGAUCAGCAAUGCUUCGACUCCACUGAGCCCAAAGAGAGAAUGGCUUCGUUUCUGAGGCAGCUGCGUCUGCUGCUCUGGAAGAAUUUUGUUGGAGUUUUGAGACAGCCGGUCUGGUCUCUUGCUGUUAUCCUCUGGCCCCUCAUAAUCUUCCUCAUUUUAGCAAUCACAAGAACAAAAUUUCAACCGGUCAAAAUAAACACCUGUUUUGUUGCCCCUCGUAACCUACCGAGUGCCGGCUUCUUGCCUUUCCUUCAGACUCUGCUCUGCAGCACGGACAGCUCAUGCAGGGGUUACUCCUACACCACGCCGAACAAAUCAUUUGAAAUCAGGAGUAUGAACUUGAAUGACGAAUACUCCAGCAGGUCAGCCCCAACUUCUCCAGAUGGCUCUCAAGUCGGUGGUCUGGACAUUUUGUCAAGGGCUUUCACACAGGGCGGUUCAAACCAACUGAUAUCACAGCUCGGCAACAUCCAAUCUGCUUGGAAUACUUCAGAUUUUAACAGAUUAACAUCAGUUAUUGACGUCCUUACCAAUGUAUCGAUAACUCUGGAGCAGCAAACAACAUCUGGAAAUUUGACUUUGGUGGAUUUCCUAAAGUCCGUCGUGUGCAAUCUGACUGUCCCGUAUAUCAAAGCAUCCAGUAACAACAGUCUGAGCCCCCUGGCCAGCACUUAUGUGAACUUCUGUCAUUUAAAUGGGACAUUUCCAGAUGCUCUUCUUGCAGCUGUCAACGAGGCCUUAGGAUUGAGUCCGACCAGCUUGUUAACAGCCGUAAUUAGCAUUGUGGGGAAAAUCAAAACCAUCCAAAAUGAGACGUCACUCUGGUCCCUGCUGUAUGAAGCGCCUCAGUUAUUUCAACUGGGACCCCAGAAGCAGAACCUUCAGGACGUCCUGCAGUUCUUACAAAAUGCUGAGGGUGAACUGCAGAGCAUCCAGUCAGAUUUCAGUUUGGCAGGUAAUCCAGUAAUGGCAGUCCUGAGGCAGACAAUAGCUCAAGGCAUCAGCGUCCUGAAUUACACCCUCAACUGGCCUGGACGAGGAAUUAACAUUAAUGUGAAGGAUGUGCUAAAUUCAUCUACUGGUAUAAACGGGACGCUGCUGGAAAAUCUCACUGUCCCACUGGAUAAGGCACUCCUUUUAGUGAACUUUGAGCAGUUGAAUUCUUCUUUCUGUGCGGGUGUUAAUCGAUCUCAGCCGGACUCAGCCGCUCAUUUUGGAAGUUUGUGUCAAAACAAUGGACUUCAGUGGUUGUUUGACAGGAUUGACAGAAACAAAGUGGCAGAGCAGAUUGUUCUUCUCUGGAUUCGAGAUGUCUCCCCGUCCGAUGUGUCAUUCACUUUCCAGAUAUUGAACAACUUGUUGGGGUUAAUCAGCAUCAACAAUACCAACAUUACCAACGUCUUGAGUAGAAGCAUGAACGUCUUCAAUGCUUGGCUUCCUGCCAUUGGAGACAGCCUUCUUCUGCCAACCAAGCAAACGACUGCUGGUGAAUGGCUAAUGAGUCUGCUGAAUGCUGUGCUUGUGACUACAGAUGGCACCCCAGGGUCCAUGAUGGUGAAGGGAGUCAUGAAGGCCAUCAUGGAUCUGCUGACCAAGCUGCUCGAUGUACAAACAGGAAUUUUAACUUACGUCGAAACAGCUGCAGUGAAUCUUCAGAGCACCAUCUUCUUGCUGGUUAACAAUGACACAUUUUUUGACAACUGGAUUGGGAAGAGAAUAAACAGAACAAUCGACGUCCUACAGACGUUUCAAACAAAUGGCUCCUGUAUUCAUUAUACUUCACCACUAGCUGACACCUUCAGUGAAAUUCUUCCCCUUGGAGGAGGCUGGAGUCAACUCUUGUGCUCCAACAUGACCUUCCUGGACAGCGUCCUGCAAACUGUUGUGAAUCCAGUGAUGGAUCAGGUGAUGUCACUGAAAAAUAUCCUGAACAAAGCCAGCAUCCAGGACCUGACAGAUUCUGCAGUGCUGUCUUCGAGUGAAGCCCUCAACACGUCCUCCGUGAACUUCAUGGCGGCAGUCAAUGGAGUAAUUCAGAGUCUUGGUAUGGGAUACUGGAGAGCGUGGGCUACAGACUCUACUGCCAAGACCGCCAAUUGCACAGAAAGGAUGCUGACACUGGCUGACCUGCUGGGUUCCAAACUCCAAGAGCAAGAACAGUGGCCGCAAAUGAGGACAUUUUUUGACGCACUCUACUGGAUUAUGAAUGGCCUGCAAACAAGAAACAGUGGACCCCCAAUGUGUGUUUUCACAAACUCGACUGCGUUUCUCACUUGUAACGUGACCUACAGCUGGAGACAAUUCACAACGCUUGCUCUAACGAUAUUGCAAACAUCUCCCAAAAAUCCGGAUUCGCUUUUAUGGGUCCUGCAGGAUGGCCUCAGUUUUAUCAAAGCGGCGUACAUCACUCAACUCAAGCAGAAUAUGACCCAAGCUGUGGCACAAAAUCUGGCCCUGCAGAGCCUGCUGGACAGCGUCUUGAAGCUGGUGGAAGCAAAUACUAACUUGGUGUCCUCCAUGACGUCCUUCAACCAGUUUGACAGCGGCGUUGCCGGGACGGUCCUUAAGAGCCUGCUGGAGUCGUUUAAUUUGACGCCCCUUGAAUCACUCUGGAAUGGAGGGGGCUUAAAUGUCAGCAACUUCAUCAACAUUAUGUCACAGGUUAUGACAAAUAAUCAGCAAUUCAUUACCAGGGUCCCAGGGAUCAAUGAAACCAAAUUUUUAGUAACACAGUUGGACCCUUUAAUUGAGCAGUGGCUCGCCAGCAACUUCUCCAGUUCCUUAUCCUUUACCAUAGGACAACAACUGCUGUCUCUCAUCAUGUCCCUAAAUCAAAGUGACCCAACUGUCCUCAACCAAGUGUUGCAGCCCCUUAUACCGACUGGCCUAAAUAUUCCAAAUGCCAUACAGCUUGCAUUGCAGACCAUUCAGCAGUUUAUUCAAGUCAUCCAAGGGCCUGACGACACCUUGAAUAUUCUCUCUGGAUACCUAAACCAAAUUCAAAACUUCCUCAUUUCCCAGGGUGGUUUAGAUGUUCUCCUUCAAGCCUUAAAUCCAUACUGGCAAUCCAACGACACCAUCGCUUUGAUACAUCAAUAUGGCCUCCAGGAGGUUGCUCUUGGCGAGCUUCCGUUUCUGUUCACCUCUUAUGUCAAGAAUGCAAGUUCCUUCCAAACUCCAGAGUCUGUGCUGAAACGUUUCAUUGGGCAUCUACCACAAGAUCAACAAGCUGAACUGGAGCAAGCGUUUAACUCCACGGACAAACUGCUCGCAGCUGUUAGCCUGUGUAGAACGAACAAUUUCAGCUGCAUACCCGCCUUCUCCGAAAUAACCAACGUGCUCCUCAUGGUCGGUCAAGUUUUACACGCCUCCAAUGGUAGCGGUUCGGCGGUUUUCUGGAAUAAUUCGACAUUUGCUUUAGGGCUGCGGGAGAUCUCAAACCUUGCCUCGACUUCGGACGUGCUCUCCACGAUCUUGUCUUGGGGAAACCUAACCGCUGGCCCCGUUCCUGCUUCCAUGUUGUAUGAAACGGUCGUGCAGGCUUUCGACUUCCUCAAAGAGGUGGGAAACACGUCAAACAUCACCUCCAGCGUGUGCCAGCAGUUGUUGGAAAAGUCUCAUCUCAACCUUACCCGGGUGAACGGCGUUCUUCAUGCCCUCACUUCGCGCAACGUGACCAAUCUGUUUAACAAACUUGACGCCAUUGUUGGCAUCCAAGAUUGUCAACCAAAUAAGUCUUUGCCGUGCACUCUGGAGAUUGCAACCAACUUGAUGGGUGCUCUACGGGAGACUAACCUGAAUGACGUAAUCGAGAGAAAGAUCUCAGCUGCAGAGAUCAUUCUUCAGUAUUGGAUUGCUAUUUUAAAUGAGAGCACCACCAUGAUGAAACCAUUAGAGGCCAUCUAUGACUCUACAGUGCACGCCUUACAGGAUGGAAGCGUCCCAAAGGUGAUUGGAAAUGCGGUCACUUUGAUCUCAGAUUCCCUAAUCAGGAUAAAAUCCAACAUGCGGCAAUUAGGAAAUAUGUCUUCUCCUCAACUGGAUGCGAGUAUUCAGGUCCUGGAUGAGUUAGUCCAACGUUUUCUGAAUGGAACUAAUGAGAACGGCACGACGUCACAAGGAAUGUUGGCCGACUAUGACACGGGAAAGGUCCCCAGGUGCUUACAGAUAACAGAGUGGUACGUUCAGAUGCUGGAAAAUCUAACUCUGCGUGGCAUCCCGGCCGGAAGUUUAUAUCCCUUCUUCAGAAUUAGUCAGAUGGCACUGGCCAGCGCGCUCUCCAACGCUGGAUUAUCGGCCGACUUGGCUUCUGCCAUCAAUGCGUCUAGAGGCUACCUUCAGGGAGUUCAGCCCCCGUUUGACACGGCGGGGCUCGUGAACGUUACGCAGUUUCUGGUCAGGGAUAUCAUCCUGGAAGCUCAGCCCUACCUGGAGCAGAUUCAGAAUUUCAUACAGUCCGUCGAGCCUGCGUCGUCAAGUUUUCUGAGCCCACUUUUCCAAGGAUCAUUGAGCCAAACACAGAAAGAACUGCUCGACUCGUUUACCGCCUUGUUGGUGCCUCUCGGCACCGCGUCCAAUCUCGAUUCUUUUAGGGAAGUUGAAGCCUUCCUGCAGGCGGCCCACCAGAACGUGACUGCUCCCUUGUUCGGCCUCUUCUCGGCGGAUAACGUGACAGCGCAGGUCGUGUUCAGUCUAAUGGACUCUUGGAGUCGAGUCCCACUCGAGGGGUCAUUCACCAAGGAAGAAUUCGAGACGUUCUACACCUACUACGUCGAGUUUUACCAGUUAAUCGAGAGCGAUCGUUGGAACAUGUCAGACUUGGAGCCAAAGUUGUCCGAGUUUCUGUACCAGUGGUCAGUGGUGUUGCUUAACUCCAGUACAAAUUCCAGUUGGGUUGGGACGAACUGCUCAGCGCUGCAUUUCAUUCAGUGUAUGAUCGAUAACACGGUGACCGGCCAUACGCAGAAUGCCAUCCUCGCUGCAUCUGGCUGCGUGUCCAACGGAACAAACCUCAUAAUGACAGCAAAAUAUGAAGCUCUAGCUUACGGUUUUUUGAACCUUUCAUACGAGAUGAAUCAGAAGUACAAGAAUGACAGCCUUGGAAUUGUACAAGACGCACUUCCAUGUAUCGUCACGAUGUUGAGCCUUUCAACCGGGGUUUUAGCUAAAUUAAGCGAUGCACCUGGCAUGCAGAAUACAUGGAUGGAGGAACUCCAUGUGAAAAUGAAGCAGGAUUUAGAGCAAAUGCCUCAUUUUGCCUUUUGCAAAGAUCUGGACAACCGCAGCGUGCUGGUGUUCGAACACAUUAUGAGCGUCCCACCAGACCAGUUCAAUGUGUUUCUUCACCUCCUCCAGAAUCAAAGUCUGUUUUCUUCUUCUUUGUCUUCAGUUAUGCCACCACUAAACAUGCUGAUUUCUAGAAUGGACUCCAGCGAGCUGUUGGACCAGCUGAAAGCUAUCCUGAUAGCCAUGACGACAUCUGAAGGUGACCCGUUUUCUCAGCUACAGCAUUUGCUCCUAAGCAGUACCCUCGAUGCUGCCUUCAAUGGAAGCCAAGAAGGUUUCCAGAUACUAGAACAAAUCUUCAUGCUGCCGUGGAAUGGCACCAGCAUGAAGAACAGAAUGGCCCUCUUCCAAUCUUUUGUAGACAUCUUGCAGCAGGAGAACGGCACCCUCGCCCUGCAGUCCCUCACAGCUGUGCAGAGUUUCUUAAAUGAAGUCAACUCGUCGGGUCUCCUGCAGUUUCUUUCAUCCUGGGGUGAUUCUCAGAACCAGAGGAACAACGGCACCAGUCUACUGAACAUCAUUGCUGUCCUCCAAAAUAUUACUCAAGCAUGGCUGGGGGAGAAUCAGUUUGAGGCGUUACUUCUGGAGAGUCUCCAGUCCAACCGGAGCGAAGCAAACGCUUUGACACAAAUGGAAGUUCUCAACAGCUUAGCAGGGUUUCUGUGGCCCCUACUGCCUGCGGACAUGCAGCCUUAUGACAACAUCACCAUGGAGGUCUUAGAAAUGCUGUGGCCCGUGAUGGCAGACAUCUCCAGAGGUGAUUCUCCAAAUUUCUAUACCAUGGCGGACUUAUUGCUAAAUCUGACAAGAACCAUCACAGAAAACUUUGCAGGUGUGACACAUGAGACCAUGUUCAGCGAUCUUUUGGAUGUUCUAGAAGUCAUCGUGCAGUUGGCCUCGUCAUCUCUUGAUAGGAACAUCAGCAGGGUGGAAAGUCUCACCAACAAGAUGUUCCAUCACUUUGAGGUCCUGGUUAAUGCAACACUCCCAGAGGAUGUGGCGUCUACUAUGGUCCAAGUCUUAGAAUCUGCUAGAAUUUACUCUGAAGUCCUGACCGAGUUUAAUCCAAUGGAAAACUGGACGCAACAGCUCCAAUGGAUUUUCAGUUUCCUGCUACCAAACAGCAAUAGCAGCUCAUAUGACUUCACUUCAGUUAUGUCCCUGCUUAAUCAAAGUGGAGGUAAUUACAGCUCUUUUGAAGGAAAUGUCAAGCUUUUGAGAAUCCUGCUAGAUCUGCUCCCAGAAAAUAACACGGCAGGCGCCGCUUUAAGCCUCAUGCAAAAUGUCACAAAGUAUCUGACGACUGGCAACCAAGGGAAUGCAAGUCCAGCAGUGGAUGCUUAUUACCUCUUGAAGUUAAUUCUGGAACACGGCGACAUUUUGCAGAAUGAAUCGGUCACUGAGAUGCUCUUAGACAAUGGGUUGUCACCGUGGAGUGGUGUGCCAUUAGACGUUCACGCACGGCUUCAGUGGAUGAUCACAGAUGCUGUAAAAAUGCUCAUCACUGAGAAAUGUCCCUGGCUGAAGGAGUAUAACAUCACCAAUGAAUAUGUUAACAGCUGGGUUAGCGCCUCCUUCAGUCAAGCAAAUGGAAGUGCCAGCAGUGACCCCUGGGAAACGUUGCUGCAUAGAGUCUGGAGUUUCAUUUCCCAGAGCGUUUCCAUUUUCCACCCAAGCACAGGAGGGCAGCUCCUCAGUAGUGAAGCUCAGCUUCUGCUCAAUGCUUCAUUCAACCUCUUGACACAAGGCAGCAUGAACACCUCCCAGCUCUGGAAAGAAAGACUGGACCUCUUCCUGCAGAACCUCCUUGGGAACACAAGCGACAGCUCCAUGGACCAAGUAGGGGCUGGAGAUGUGUACAAGCUGGUGGAUGGAGCCCUGAUUGAACAAGUCAUGCAGGCCGCAGCCACGGAACUGCUGGGCUUAAAUAUCAUUGGAAGCAGCUCACCAAUGUACGGGCUUUUGAGUUGGUUCAUAGACACAAAUGACACCACGCUGGUCUUGAUGAGAGCUAUGGAAUUUGUGACGUGGUGGAAUUCUGUAAAGGACACAGACAUGGAGUUUGUAGUGCAGGCUGUCCAGAAAGCCUAUAAUUUGGUAAAUGCCGUCUUGCUGACACUUCCCCAGGUGGACUUCACUCUUUCGCCAUACGUGUUGUCCCACAGAGACACAGCAUUGAGUGCAUUGGACACUCUUGUCAAUUUCACGGAGCUAAAUAAUUCCACUGGGGUGACUUUCAUUGCUUCCUUAGCAACCGUGCUCAAAAAUUACAUCGACAAUGACCCGACGCUGCAGACUGUCUUACCCAUGGCCCAACAGAUGUUGAAUAUAAGCAGACUGUGGCACGGGGACAGCGGGUCUUUCAUACAACUCCUGUCAUCAUUGAGUAGCGUUCUAACAGAAAGUUCAGUGAAUCUGACGAAUAACAGCAUUCCGCUCUUAUUCACAGAUCUCGUGACAACCUUCUCCCAGCCCGAGAAGACCAGUCAGAUCCUAUCAACGCUGAAGGCUGUAGAAGACUGCCAGAUGAACCCUGAAAAUUGUAGUCUGAUCAUUUCCCAAAUUUACCAGUUUGUUUUAUUAAUGUACAACACAUCUCAGAAUGGGACGGCUUGGCCAAACACAUCGUUGGACGCACUGAAUUCAAUUCCUAGUCAGGAAGCGCACCUAUUAAGCUAUGUCAACCUCACGGAGAGUUUGAUCUUUGCCGUUCUGCCAUCGCUAAACCCACAGCAGGACCCGGCUCCUCAAGUCAAAUUCUUAUCCAAGAUUUUUGCAGCUAUUCGAAACUUUUUGAUCGAUCCCUCAUCCAGCGCUAAUGAGAUUGCAGUCACGAUAAAUUUCACGAUGUCGAUAAAUGAAUUUUCAGAAACUUUACCUCCUUUGGAGCAGUUGAGGGCGUUUACAAGAAGCAUUGAGUCAGCUUUGCGGCAGGAGCAGUGCAACGUUUCCGAUCCAUCCGAUCUCGCACAGUGCAUUUACGAGACGUGUAAACGUGUCCAGGAGAUACUCCAGCUUUUCAACGCAACAACAAAUUCAGGGGAAAUUAUUGACGUCAUUGAGCCGAUGGUUGAGUUUUGGAUAACUAAAAUGACCAAAAAUGAAACAGCGGUCAGCGGUGAACUCCAGGAAGCAGUUAACUUCACCAUGAAGGUUUUCCAGAAUCAGUUUUCAAUUAACAACUUACUGAAUAAUAUUGUGUCCAGUUUACAACAAGUGAAGGAUGACUUGGUGCGGUGGAACGUAACGUCUAAUCAAACGGCUGAAACGCUUCAACUCGUGGAGGGAUUACUGCAACUCCUCGAGAAAGAUUCUGGGUAUUUGGUACCUGCUUUCAACCGUAGUGCACUGCAAUCCGCUGAAGUGGAAGUUUUAAUAACAAAACUAAGUCUGCUUGAAACCGAGUUCAUGUUGCUGAAGGAAGUUUCCUCUCUUUUUGAAGGAAGUACAACCCACAACCAAUACAGCACCAUAGUCGAUUUCAUAACAGCCAGUCUGCUGUUAGAUAAACAGCUGCCCCUAUCUGUGAUUUCACCGUUGACGUCACUUCUCAAUCUAAGUAAAAAUUUGAUGGUGUCCGGUAACGUUACUAAUUCUUUCGACCUUUCUGCGUUCGUUCUGGAAAGUAUAAUAUCUUCGCUUAACUUGCCAGUAUUGCAAAAUCAGACCCUCACAGAAGAAAAUUUCCUGUUUGUUCUUUCCUUUUUGAAUUUUAUUCAAUCUGAUCUCAAAGUAAACGCCAGCACUCUGAUUUUGCAAGUCCUUUCUAAUGACAUAGAACCAUUGUGGGCCCUGAAUGAACUCGUCGCUCUGUUUGGUAGCCUACCCUCGGAAAACCAACUUGGUCUGAUUGCCAACGUGUUUCAUAUGAACGCCGGAACUCUUUUGAGCAGCCUAAGUUCCCUGAAAGAUGAGAUCGGUCUGAUUCUGGGGCUCCAUGCCUCGGGAAAUCUCGACAUGGAAAGCAUCUUGAACUUCUUCAACAGCUCGAUGAAAAUUGUUGAAAAUGAAUUGAGCAUAGCAAAUAUCUCUGGGAAUGAGGCGGUGGUGAAGAGCCUGUCCGACCUGCUUUACUUCUUCUCGCACUUUACCAGUAUUUAUCAGUUUCCUGGAGGGGCCAUUAACUCUUGCUCCAUAACUGCUAUGUGGCAAGAUCUUUUUGAAAUCGUGAAUAUCACGUUACCUUCUGGCUAUCUUCAGACAUGCCAAGGGUUUGAGGAUUUAGCCACAAGUAUUAUAAACCUUUAUAAUAAAAUAUUACAGAUGACACAAUCGGCGGGUGGCAUGACUGAUGUUUUCCUGGCUGCUGUAAGCGUGGCAGACCAAUUUGUAACUUUGGUGCAGGCAGAAAGUAAUUUGCUACAGACCGACAUCCCGGUCAUUCCUGUUCUUCACCAAGUUUUCGCUGAUAUAAUAAAUUCAGUGCAAACGAGUAAUUCUACAAGUUCUGUCGAUGCCAGCGUUCUGUCCCCCAUCACUCCCGAUGAACAAGGCAUUCUCCUCUCAGCUAUAACCACUUUAAACACCUUACUUCAGAUGUACACCAACACAUCCACAGCAACAUCUCCGUACGUCGAGGUGUCCUCCAUAGUUGAAGAUCUCCUGAUGUCACGACCAGCGAGUUUAAGUCCAUACAUUAACGCGCUAGACAAGAUCGUGGCCAGUUUCUCUUUGCUUCUGACUGAACAACAAAUGUCGAGUAUUUACCCCUCUGACCAGAUGAUAAAAGUCCUCAUCGCCUUCCUAAAUUCUUCUGACAGUCCUGCCAACUUGGCAACCAUCACAAAUAUGACUGCAGACUCCUUUCACAGCCUUUUGGGCUUUCUGGAAAAUUUCACUCUUCCCAAUGGCCUUAAAAUCAUGGAUGUCAACCAAUUAAUUGGCAACAUUUCUAUGGCGCUAGCAGAUUCUAUACCAAUGGUUCUUAACACCAGUGGACCCUCUGGUCCAAAUGGCCAAAAAUUCAGUGACUUGCUCAACCAUCUAAUUAACAACUUUACUAUGGUGCUAACAGAUUCUCUACCGAUGCUCCUCAACACCCUUGGACUUGUUGGUCCAAAUGACCAAAAAAUCAACAACGCGCUCAACCAAUUGGUUAACAACAUUACUAUGGUGGUAGCGGGUUCUCUUCCACAGCUCCUUAACACCAAUGGACCCUCUGGUCCAAAUGACCAAAAAUUCAGUGACUUGCUCAACCAUCUAAUUAACAACUUUACUAUGGUGCUAACAGAUUCUCUACCGAUGCUCCUCAACACCCUUGGACUUGUUGGUCCAAAUGACCAAAAAAUCAACAACGCGCUCAACCAAUUGGUUAACAACAUUACUAUGGUGGUAGCGGGUUCUCUUCCACAGCUCCUUAACACCAAUGGACCCUCUAAUCCAAAUGACCAAAAAAUCAACGACUUGCUCAACCAUCUAAUUAACAACUUUACUAUGGUGCUAACAGAUUCUCUACCGAUGCUCCUCAACACCCUUGGACUUGUUGGUCCAAAUGACCAAAAAAUCAACAAUGCGCUCAACCAAUUGGUUAACAACAUUACUAUGGUGGUAGUAGGUUCUCUUCCACAGCUCCUUAACACCAAUGGACCCUCUGGUCCAAAUGACCAAAAAAUCAAUGACUUGCUCAACCAAAUAAUUAACAACAUUACUGUGGUGCUAGCAGAUUCUCUUCCAAUGGUCACCAACACCAGUAGACUCUUUGACCCAAAUGCUAUUCAGCUCUCUGCCAUGUUGAGAAGUUUUAUCCAGAAUAAACUUCCAUCUAAUUUAGCUUUGUUAAAUUUCUCGGGCACAAUUCAGGAAUUAGAUAACUUAAUAUCCGCAGUCGUAGCUUUGGUGGGCACGGAACAAAGCCACUAUCUUAAUGUCACGUAUGAAAUUGUGAGGAAUCUGGUUCUGUCUGUGUACACAUCAAAAAAUUCAGUGACGGCUGCGGACAUCUUAAACGCCAUGUCAGGAUCGUUUGCAAGACUUCUCGGAGUCAUCCCAAAUAAAAUGACCCCGCAGGCAGUCAGCACGAGAUUUAACGACACUGUCGUUUUUGUAAGAAAUUUGCAGGAUUUGCUCAACAAAACACGUUUGAUAAAAGCAGUUAAGGUGACAGCCCUGGUAGUCGGUGAACUUCAGAACGUUCUGGAAAUCUUCUCACCUAGCUACGCCCUGAAGAGCACAUCAAACGUGCUGCAAAUGUUGAAGAGCAACUUGGAAAGUGCGCCUUUGAGCAACUCGUCUGACUGGAUUUCUGAGACUUUUCAGAUCUUGACAAGUGUCAUCAAAUUGAUCCCCUUCCAGAAUUCCUCAACAUCUCUACUCACCAAUGUGACGCUGAGCCUGGCAAACGCAACUCAAGACAAAGUGCUGUGGGAGAGUCUGGGCACGGACCUCACAAAACUGUUUACCGAGAGCGGGAAUGGAAGUGCAAGUGCUAAACUGAAAGAGAAGGUGGCUGUCACCCAAGACUUGAGAAGUGUGGUGUGUCGCAUUGAACAGCUCACCUCGGUGCAGCAGCUCUACCAGUUGGCAUCUUUCACCCCGGGGCUUGUGUGCCAGACCUUUCUGCCAGCCAUCGUAUCCCUGCUGAGCCUCUCCGAACGUCUCACAAGCAACUGGAUGGACAGCCCACCGAAUUCAGAUGCCGUCCAGGCGUACUUCCUCUCUGGCAUCAAUAACUUUGAACUCCAGCUUAACUGGUUCAAUGGGAUCCUCAACACCACGCAGUCAAUUAACUGGACAAGCCUCGCAAACUUUGUAAACGAAUCAAAUUCAACGACGGCGACUACAGUUCUGUUGGACAUAAUAACAAGGCCAAAAGUUUUCAAAAGUGAGCUGCACAACAUGUCAGGAAUCAGCGGGGACGUCAUCAAUAACAUCACCUCAGUGAGCCUUCCUCAGAACAUAACUCAGGCGCUGCCUUGGAUCAGGAAUCUGAUCAGCCAAGAAGGAGCACAGAUGAAUGCCACCCAGUGGUACUAUUUAACUGUCGCCUUGCUGCGUUACAUGGAUUUUUCAAAGCUAUUCCUUAAGCUUAUGUUGCCAACAGAACUGCAAAGGUACAUUGACAUCAUUAUUCAGCUCCUGCUGCGCUUAUUGGGGAUUUUUGAGAACAGCCAGCCAUUAAUUGCCAGUCUUCAAACCUUUAUCACAGAAAUACAGCAGCUUAGUGCGACUUCAUUGGCAUCACAACAGAGAGACAUGUUUGCAAGCAGUCGGGCUGCGUCGUUUCCAUCAUUUAGUAGCAUCUCGGCAGCCUUGUGCUCCAACGGUGUCAUCUCACUGUUUGCCAUGCCCAACAUUGCUGAAAGUGUGGGCUCUCAGCCUUCUACGCAGAGCAACAUGAGCACCGAGCAGCUCUUGCAGAAGUUUGAUAUUCCGAAUGAUACAACGCCAUUCUGUAAGAAUGUGUUUUUGAACAUGGUCAGCACAACCAGUGGAGCGGUGAUGUGGGCAUUUCUAAAGCCCAUGCUGUUGGGCAAGAUUCUGUUUACCCCGGAUAUUCCGGAAACCUGGGCAAUCAUGCAGAAGUCUAAUGUCACAUUACAAGACCUGUACCAGCUUACCACGUAUGCAGAUAUGUGGAUUGGCAAUUCAUCGAAUAUUCAGACACUGGUGACUGUGCUGACUCAAAUUAAACCUUUGCUGAUAUUUUUAAAGAAUCCAAAUGUGCAGAGCUUCAUCAGUUUGGAAACGAACAUCAACAUCACCGACGUGGUACAGAAUGCAGAAAAACUGAGUAAUUUCAGUGCCAUUCUCAGUGCAAAUAUGGCUUUGCUGAACCAGAUGACCACGCUUUGCAAACUGUUGAAGAACAUCUCCUCGUGUGUCAACUUUGACCGAUACCAAGCCAUGAACACCACUGAUGCGCUUAAUUCUGAGGCCACUAAACUCCUGCAGCAUAACAACAUAUAUGCCAGUGUCAUUUUUAACAUUACACCGCAGAAGAGUCGUCAGAAGAGGUCGGUCGGUUCUCGCCUGCCUCCGCUGGUCAAAUACACGAUCCGAAUGCCCAUCAGCAACACCAUGAGAACAGACAGACUGAGGGACGUGAUGUGGACGCCCGGCCCACACAUUUCCGCCUCUCAGUAUCAGAUUAACAGUCACGGCUUCAUUUACCUACAAGAGGACAUCGAGAAGGCCAUCAUCGAGCUGCAAACCGAGAAGGUCAUCGAUGGCCCUGCUGUGCAGAUACAGGCCUUCCCUUAUCCUUGCUACACGAGGAACAAUUUCCUGUACAGCAUGUCCUAUUCCUUUCCUCUAAUUGUGAUGUUGGCCUGGGUCCUCUUCAUCGCUGCCUUUGUGAAAAAGCUUGUUCAGGAGCGGGAACUGCGACUUCAUGAGUACAUGAAGAUGAUGGGUGUCAGCCCCUUCAGCCAUUUCUUUGCCUGGUUUAUCGAGAGCGCCACCUUCCUGCUCAUCACCAUUAUUUUCCUCGUCAUCAUCUUGAAGGUAGGCUUAAUUCUUCCACAAAGCAACGGCUUCUUUGUCUUCCUGUUCUUCUGCGACUAUGGCCUGUCCAUCCUGUCAAUGAGUUUCCUCUUCAGCACAUUUUUCAGCCACACUAACAUCGCCAGUCUCAGCGGUAGCCUCAUUUAUGUCAUCCUCUUCUUCCCCUUCAUCGUCAUGACGUCUCUGGAGUCCAGCCUCACCUUCACCACCAAAAGUCUCUUGGGUCUCUUUGCGCCAACUUGCUUCAGCUAUGCCAGUCAGUACAUAAUCUACUAUGAAGCACAAGGCACAGGAAUGCAGUGGGACAAUUCCUACCAGUCCCCAGUAAUAAAUGACAAUGCUUCGUUCGGCUGGUUUUGCUGGCUACUGCUGAUUGACUCUGCCAUCUAUUUCAUAAUUGGCUGCUAUAUUCGAAUGGUAUUUCCAGGAAAGUAUGGAAUUGCUGCACCUUGGUAUUUUCCCGUUUUACCUUCCUUCUGGAUAAGUUGCUUGCCAUGCUUUAAACCAGGGAGCAAUGGAAGAAGUGGGCUCCUCUUCACGAAUGUCAUGAUGCACAGUCAGAUGGCUGACCCCAAAUCCAAAGACACCGAUAAUGUUUUCUUUGAAGGAGAAGAGGACCUUGACGGGCUAACUGUGGGAGUGUCUUUGCAUGGUCUCACCAAGAUGUAUGGCAAAAGUGCAGCCCUCCAGAACCUAAACCUGAGAUUUUACGAGGAUCAGGUCACCAGUCUACUGGGACACAACGGAGCAGGCAAAACAACCACCAUGUCCCUAUUAACUGGCCUCUUUGGUCCAACGUCUGGCACAGUUCUAAUUUAUGGGAAGGACACGAGGCUCCAGAUGGACGCCGUGCGGCAGAGUCUUGGAGUGUGCAUGCAGUACGACGUGCUCUUCGAUCAUCUGACCGCCAAAGAGCAUUUGUUUCUGUAUGCGCAGAUCAAAGCUCCAGACUGGGGCAAGGAGGAAGUGCGGCACCAAGUGCACAAAAUUCUGAAGGACACUGCCAUGUAUACUCAUCGCCACAAGCGUGUCGGCGCUCUGUCUGGAGGUACAAAGAGGAAGCUUUCCAUAGCCAUCGCUUUCAUAGGUGGAUCCAAGACCGUGGUGCUUGAUGAGCCAACUACAGGUGUAGAUCCAUGCUCAAGAAGAAGCAUCUGGGAUAUUGUUAACAUGUACAAGAAAGAGCGCACCAUCAUUCUGUCAACACACCACUUGGAUGAAGCGGAAGUGCUGAGUGAUCGCAUUGCCUUCCUUGAGCGAGGAGGUCUCAAGUGCUGUGGUUCACUUUUAUAUCUGAAGCAGAAGCUCGGCACCGGCUACAAACUCUCCCUCUCUAAGAAGAUCCCAGAACCUGGUUCAGAGGAUCAGUGCGAUGUCAACAGAGUGACAGAGUUUAUCAAAUCCCAUUUUCGUGAGGCGGAGCUGAAGGAGACUGUGGGAAGCGACAUGGUCUACUCCCUGCCAACAUUUGGGGUCCAGUAUGCGCCAUAUUACCAGGCACUCCUGAGAGGACUGGAUGAGAACCUCGAGAACCUGCAGCUUGGAUCUUAUGGGAUCUCCGAUACCACCCUGGAGGAGGUUUUCCUUCAACUUACCAAAGAUGAAGCAGAGGAUAACAUGUCUUGGUCCAACACGCAGAUGGUCGCCCCGGUUCCUUUUGUGAAUCAAGUCGUUGAGGAGAGAUCAGUGAGCAACUACAACAUCAGCGAAACAGAAGCUUUGAAGGGCAACUCCUCUGUGACAGGAAUAUCACUGUUCGGUCAAAAGAUCCUGGCUGUCCUGGUGAAACGCUUGCAACACUCUAUCCGGGAUUGGAAAGGCUUGUUUGCUCAGCUGCUCCUGCCCGUGCUGUUUGUCAUCGCUGCCAUGGGGCUUGCGACAAUUAAAAGCGGCGUUCAAACAUAUCCUGCGCUUGAGCUUAUGCCCUCUAUGUAUGGCACGACAAAGCAAACUACGUUUUUUGGGAUUCAGAAUUCAAGUGCUUAUCCUUUAGUGAGCACAAUGAUGUCAUUUCCUGGCAUAGACAACUUCUGCUUAGAAAAUCCUGGAAGCAAGUCUUGCCUAUCGAGUAGCAGUCUGGAAAGCUGGCCAUCCAGUGGUGAACCUCCAUCUGUAUUUACACUUUGUUCUUGCAAUCCAAACUCAACGACUUGCCCAAAUAACAGCUACCAGCCGGCGCAGAACCAGACUUUUUCCUCGCAGAUGUUGUACAACUUGUCAGAUGUUUCCAUUGAGCCCUACCUGCUGACCACCGCCAAUCAAUUUGUGCAGGACAGGUAUGGUGGAUGGUCUUUUGGACAGCCCUUGCCUCCAAAUCUCAAAAUGGAUAUCAAUAAUGUGCCCAGCAGCAGGACAUUGACGAAGAUAUGGUACAAUCCAGAAGGGUAUCAUUCUAUGCCCGCCUACUUGAACAGCCUCAACAACUUCAUUCUGAGAACAAAUCUGCCUUCAGGGUUGAACGCGUCACAAUAUGGGAUAUCUGUGUUUAGUCAGCCCUAUCCUGGAAAAGUCCAAGCUGAUGUAGCUACCACUCAAAACACGGUGAACACGCUGGUAGCUCUCUGUGUCCUAACCGGUUACUCCAUCAUGACAGCCAGUUUUGUAAUUUAUGAGGUCAAAGAACAGCAGACUGGAUGUAUGCUCCUACAGAACAUCUCUGGAAUUGGGGAAAUGUUCUACUGGCUCAUUAAUUUCUUCUAUGACAUGACACUGUACCUGAUACCAGUAGCUCUGUCCAUAGCUAUGAUUGCUGCCUUCCAGCUGCCAGCCUUCACUAAUCAACAAAAUUUGGGAGCAGUGUCUGUGCUGCUGAUUUUAUUUGGCUAUGCGACGUUCCCUUGGAUGUAUUUACUUGUUAACAUUUUCAAAGAUGCGGAGAUGGCUUACAUUGUGUAUGUUUGUAUCAACCUCUUUAUUUCAAUCAACACCAUCAUCUCAACAGCCAUUGUCUACUUCUUAUCACUUGCCAGUUCAUCUGAUGUGACCUCCGUAACCAAUGUGUAUAACAAGCUGACCUACACGUUUAUGAUCUUCCCACAAUUCAGCUUUGGGAAUGGAUUGAUGCAGCUGUCUCGCCUGCAAUUACAGGAGGAUGCACUGAGCAUUUAUGGAGUAGACAGCUACACUGAACCAUUCAGCACAGAUGGCAUCGGCUGGAUGCUUUUAUCUCUGGCGAUUCAAGGCACUUUCUUCAUCACCUUACGCCUGCUGAUUAACUCCUGGGUUAUUCGUAAGAUUAGGCUGCUGCUCUGCCGGACCAGACCCAUAACGCAGUCCUUUCAAGAAGAUAUUGAUGUGAAUUAUGAACGCAGACGUGUGGAGAAUGAGGACUCCAAUAACGACAUGCUGAGACUUGCCAAUCUGACCAAACUCUACAAAAAUGUAAACAAGAAUGUGCUUGCCGUGAACAAUAUCUGCUUGGGUGUUCCUGCUGGAGAGUGUUUUGGCUUACUUGGAGUCAAUGGUGCAGGAAAGUCGACAACAUUUAAGAUGCUGACCAGUGAAGUCUUACCUACAUAUGGAAAAGCACAAAUCAGGAACUAUAAUGGGGCUCUUGUCGACAUUAAAGGCAGCAACUUUGGAGGAAUUCCUGUCGGUUAUUGUCCACAAGUAGAUGCCCUGGAUGACCUACUGACAGCAGAGGAGCAUUUGUACUUUUAUGCAAGAAUCCGCGGAAUCCAUCGUCGUCAUAUAAGAAGAGUUGUGAAUUACCUACUUCAGAAAAUGGAACUCAUGAAUCAAAAAAAUAAGCUCUCUAAGCAUUACAGUUGUGGCAUGAAAAGAAAGCUCUCCACUGCCAUUGCUCUCAUUGGUUGCCCCCAGAUCCUGCUCCUGGAUGAGCCUAGUUCUGGAAUGGAUCCUAAAUCAAAACGCCACCUCUGGAAGAUUAUCUUGGAUGAAGUGAAAGAAAAAUGUGCUGUCAUUCUCACCUCUCACAGCAUGGAAGAAUGUGAAGCUCUGUGCAGCAGACUUGCAAUUAUGGUAAAAGGAAGUUUUAGAUGCCUUGGCACUCUACAGCAUAUCAAGGACAGGUUUGGAAAAGGGUUCACUAUAAGAAUGCACCUCAUGUCCAGCACCAGCAACGUGGACAACAUUACCUCUUUCAUGGAGUCAAAGUUCCCCAGCACAUAUUUGAAGGAUCACCAUUUAGGAAUGGUGGAGUACCACAUCCAAGUGGCACCAGGAGGUGUGGCUGACAUAUUUCAGGAGCUUGAGUCUAACAAAGAACAACUGAACAUUAGAUACUUCUCAGUCUGCCAGACCACAUUAGAGGAGGUCUUCAUCAACUUUGCCAGAGAUGAUUCAAACUCUGAAAGUUCACAAUCCAACAGUUCGGGAAGCUCACCUGAUAUGCUAAUGUGACACAAAAGUGACGUCCAAAGUGACUUGAGUUCAACCUUCACUGCACAUUCCAAUGCAAAUUAAUGCACAGAUAUAUUUUAAUAGACAGUACGAAUGAAAGCCGUUAUUACUUGUUGAAGAAUUUACUGUUUAUUCUGUUUUAAGUUAUUAAGUGCAAUAUUUAUUAAGAUAACAAAAAAUAAUAGCUCAGAAGACAUUUUCAAAUGUGUACUUAUUGAGGGAAUGGGCUUUAAAAUCAUAAAACCUGCAGUGGUUCAAAUCUUACAUAACAAGACUCUGCAAUAUCAAGGUCAUUUGAAGCAAAAAGUGGAUAAUAAGCUGUAACUGUGCACGAUACGAAAAGAUAAAAGCUGCAAAUCACGUGGGAUGCACUCCAGAGAUGAUACCUACAUCAAGAAAAUAACAACAAGCAUCAUGAAAGGUGUUUUCUCAAAUUUUCUUUCAUUUGAUUUUUUUUUUUUUUUAAAUAGUGUCUCAUUUAAGGUUAAAGUACUGUAGGCGAUGUGAUUAAUGGCUGGCAAACUCAAUGCGUGAUGUGCAAAUAAACACAUCGGAUAUGUCCCUGUUAGACGUGCCUUACUCAUUUAAUCACAAUUCCGAGACUUUUGCAUUUUUGUAAUAUUUUAAAACCGUUAAAAUGCUCUAACUCAUCAUGAACUCAACCGUUCCUAGUUGUUAUUUAUUACUCAUUGCUGUUGUAAACUUACAAUCCCAGAGCUAGCCACUUUAAAAUAAAAAAAGAGGUCUACAAUAUAGGAAUAUACUGUAUAUUUAUAUAUUAUUAUUGUAAAUUUAUCGAAGCCCUAUUUUUAUACGAGUGAAGCACUGUGACAUGCUGAAGUUCCCAAAGUAAGAACAGGAACGGAAGCCUUACGAUUUAAUGUCCAAUACUUUAGCCAGUACAACAUCCUGAAUGCAUUAAAUAUUCAUAUAUUUUAUAUAAUAUAUAUAUAAAUAAAAUACACACACAGCCAUAUAUAUGUAAGUACAAAUAAACAAUACACAUAUAUGUUUAUUCUUUAAGACAUUUCUAAUAUAAUAUUUAAUCACUCAUUUUAUAUAUACCCUAUACUUCAACAUUUUCAUAUUAAGCCUUAUUAAAUCAUAAUAAAAAAAAUAUGCUCAAUUAUCUUAGAUUAAAAAAAAAAUCUGAAUCUAUAUUCAUUGACUGAAAUAAUGAAUUGCAAAAGUUUAGUUGUUUACUUUGAUCUUUCAAUCAUGUUUCUGGCUUGAUAAGACAUCUGCAGCUUUGCAAAUGUGUAGUUUAAUUGGUGCAAAUGAAAAAGAAAGAACUUUGCACCCAAAGUUUGAUUGUAUUAUAAUUUUUGUCAGAACUUUUAUUUAUGAAUUGAAUGCCAAGUAGUAAUUGUGGUGAAAAAGGAGCAGCAAUGGCACUUUUCCUUCAACGUGUGCACUUCCUGAAUGCGCUCAGCGUCCACGUUGUCACUGAGGAGCAGAUGGACAUAAACUCUUAAUAUUCUUGCAUUAAUGUAUUAUACUACAAUGCACUAUUUAUUAAAGUUUCUUAUAUGUCAUUAAAAAAUAGGUUACACUUUAGGUACUGCAAAAUGCAUCUGUUGCUCAUUUACUCCAAUUUAACAAGACCUUAAUUCAGGCUUCUUUUGGUCUUCCAUUAUUCUUAUAAAACAUCAGUAGCUGGGUUAUUUGGCAGUGUGCUAUGCGGAGUGCUAUAUGAAGUACUGACAGGAUGGUAAAAUUAUGUGUUAAUAUGAAGGACUUACAGGUCUUGUAUGUCAUAAAGAAAAAUGUGUCUACAGUUAAGCCACCUCAGACACUCAUUUUUGCUAGUUCAGUUAGAUUUGUUCAGUUGUGUUACUCUUUUGCAUUGCAAAGAUGAAUAAACACUUUAUUGAUGCUUUACAAGUGUUACGAAGACCCAAAGACGUUUGUGUUACGGUCUUGUUACAUAUGAGGAAAUGCGUAAAAGAUGUACUACCUAAACUAAAGUGUUACCGAAAAAGAACAUUCACUGCACCUGCAUACCUGUCUAAGGGGUUCUUGUCAGUUUCCACAGUGAAGCUGGCACAGCAAAUCCUUCCUUUUAUCAAAUCGCCCUGGACAGAAGGCAAGAGUAAUGCUUUAGCUUUAAUACAUGUGUCACAGAAAAGAUGUUACAAAAUGUCAUACUAAGAUAAAAGAAACUUUAAUAAUGCUUUAUUGAUGUUUGAUGCAACCGAUAAAAAAUAUAUAUAUUAUUGGAGCUACGGUACUUUAUAGUGCUUAAAUAUUUUUUAUGCAAAAGUGUAUUAAAUAGUUAUUUUUUU